UUAAAGGGACUGAAGUGAGAUGUUUCCAACAUCUCCCCGCGUUUAAACGACUCCCGCCGCGGCGGCGAGAGGUGGAGCUUUUAAUAAAUUCCAAUGGGCUGCGUUUCGCACACGGUGCCGGGGCUUCUUCGCUCCACCAUUAUCAUAUCGCCGCAGCUGAAGUUAUCGUUCCCUGCUUUUCGCCGCCGUAUUGCAGUUUCUCCGGCAUCGGCGUCGGUUUGUUCUGCGUUAUCCUUAACCGAAGGACAGGAGACGAGAAGUCCGGAGCUUGUCGCCCGGGAAUACGCCGACCUCAAUCUCUCCGAUAAGUUCUGCCAGGAGGUAGGCCAUGUAAGAAUUCGGCAGCACGUCAAUCCUUUACGGUCCUCUCUCAUGGUUCCGGUGGAAGUGCCAAAUUGGAAUGAAGUGUACAAAGAUGCGACUCUGCCGCUAAUGGUGGAUAUAGGAAGUGGCAGUGGCAGGUUUCUCCUGUGGCUUGCCAAGCAGAACAAUGGAUCUAGAAACUAUCUGGGACUAGAGAUACGUCCAAAACUUGUAAAACGCGCUCAAUAUUGGGUCGAUGAGCGCUUGAAGAAUAUACAUUUUGUUUUCGCCAAUGCAUCGGUUUCCUUCAAACAGUUUGUAUCAUCAUACCCUGGUCCCUUGGUAUUAGUAUCUAUUUUGUGCCCUGAUCCUCAUUUCAAGAAAAAGCACCAUAAAAGAAGGGUAGUGCAAGAACCUCUGGUCGACUCGGUUGUGAACAAAUUAGUUCCUGGAGGACAGAUUUUUGUGCAAUCUGAUGUCCUUGAAGUCGCACUUGACAUGCGAAAAUAUUUCGAUGCUGCUUCAGAUAAACUUGCACACAUUGACAGAAUCGACUCCAGUGUACCUUUUGACGACCAGGGGUGGUUGUUGAACAACCCAAUGGGUAUUCGAACAGAGAGAGAAAUCCAUGCAGAAUUCGAAGGUGCUACGAUUUACAGAAGGUUGUAUCAAAAGAAGUGAAUGUGCAUUCUCGAACACAAUCUCCGGGAAGGCAUCAGUUCAAUCUGAGCCCUCCAUCCAGACAACAUGCAAACUUGAACUUGAACCUUCAGAUUAGAAGGAGUUCUACUUCGACUGGACUGGAUGAUGGAUCUUUCGAUUGAAAUCACUGAAUCAUCCUUCAAGAAACAGGGUAAUAAUUCUUCGAGACAUCAAUAUCCAUCGGGUAAGAUAUUCAAAUCAUUCUUGUUAGGCUAUGUUAUAGUAGCUAAAUCUAUACUUUUGUUUUUAUAAUAACAAAGUUGUCACAAUCUCUAACAUUUAAUUUUGUGUUGUUAUGGCCAGUAUCAUAUGAUCACAUGUAUUAAAUUCACUGCUUUUAGUUGAUCAACUCCACUAAAGGCUCAAUCACCUUUUCA